GAUUCGGCAAAAUGACACAUUAGGAUUACAAUAGCCGUUCCGUUGACAUUGUUCUAUUGGGUUUACUAAUUUUAUCUUUUGGGGUCAACAAAAACAAAUUCAAGUAGAGCCAAAAAUUGAAGAAGAGAUAAAAAUGAAUUUUUUUCCAAUUACUUUUGUGUUCUUAUUGCUGUCAAUAUAUCAGAAUGAGUGUAAAAGACAUCGCAUUGUUGGUGGUAAACAAGCACAUCUUGGACAAUUCCCCGCAAUUGUUGCAAUAAAGUCCAAAAGUUUUAAGAUAACUUUUUGUGGCGGAAGCCUGAUUGAUCUGGACCAUGUUUUGUCUGCUGCACAUUGCUUUCUCGAAUUCACUAACCCGGAGGAUAUCCAGGUAAUCGGCGGCGAUAUCUAUGUUGACGAGAAGUCGAGCGUUUCAAGGCAAGAAGUUAGCAUAACAUCUAUUCAUCCACACGAGAAAUAUAAUAAAGGUACUUUUGAGUACGACUACGCAAUUUUAGAGCUGGAGAAAAAUGUUGAAGAGACUCCUAAUUUCCACCCAAUUGAACUUACGGAAACUAGACCGGGAGACGGCACUCAGUGCCAAGUUGCUGGUUGGGGAUCGACCGAUGAGACACACCUCGCUGGUUCUCCAGUAUUGUUGUUUGCGGUGUUAAAAAUAUAUGAUGACUCCCAAUGCAAGGAGAUGCCCUUUGAGGUGAAAAGUGAGACAAUGUUAUGUGCGGGAAAUAUGAAUGGUGGAAUUGACUCGUGUAUGGGUGACUCUGGUGGACCUCUUAUAUGUGAUGACAAACUUGCUGGCAUCGUUUCAUUCGGAAAAGGCUGCGCAAGACCUAAAUUACUUGGUAUUUACUCUGAUGUGGCUUUUGUUCUGGAUUGGAUCAAAGCGCACACGAAUACAAAAAUCCAACGACGAUCAGGGGGUGAAGCGGUAGAUCCACCGAAGAUAUUCAGAAGACCCGACAGGAUCUUUAUGGCUGCGUAUUUAAUCCGACAUCUGAACUUGUUAUGAAAAAUGGAAUGCAAAUUUUAGUUCCAGAUCUUAGGUGAAAACAAAUUUAUUGUAGAUUGUAUAAAUAGUUCAUAUUGUAAAUUUUCAAAUCCGAAAAUGUUGUCUACUUCAAAAAAGUCGUAAUAAAAUCGUUGCAAGAAAUAA